AGCUUACAUCUGGAAAGGGACACCAGUUAACACGGUCACCAGUUAAACCGUAACACCGGAUUUUCAAAAAGGGUAAAGCAGUCAAUAUUUGGAGCCAGCUGCACAAUACCUCUCAGAACACCCUGGAAAACAUUAUAAAUGCCUUACAAAUGCGUUGCUUAUGGCUGUGGAAAGAUCAGCGGGCAGAAUGUGUCGAUGUUCAGAUUCCCCAAAGACCCUGAAGAGUUCAGCAAAUGGCAGAGACAGGUCCAGAAAACCCGCAGGAACUGGCUCGCCAAUACCUACUCCCAUUUAUGCAAUGAGCACUUCACAAAAGACUGCUUUGAACCCAAGACUUAUGUCACUGCCAAGGCGUCGGGAUUCAAAAGGCUGAAGCUGAAAGAUGGAGCUGUCCCGACAGUUUUCAUCCGAAGACGGUGCCGUAAGUGUGGAGGGAAAGGUGUCUCCUGCUCCUUUUGUAUAAAGAAGAAGCAAGAAGCCCUUACUCAACCGCAACAGUUUGCACCAGAUGAGCAGGAAAUGACAUUUAUGGACGUCACUCAAAAUGAUGGGGAAAACUACAACCAGCACAAUUUCAGUGAUGAUGGAGAUAACGGACCUGUAAAACCUUCUUCCUGGGUUGAUGAUGGAAUAGCAUGUGAAAUGUGUGGAGCCGUUGGCAGCAUAGACACCUUCUUCUCAAGGACCAAGCGCUUCUGCAGUGCUUCCUGCUCACGUUCAUAUUCAUCCAACUCUAAAAAAUCCUCAAUUCUUGCACGCCUCCAGGGAAGGCCAUCAAAGAAGUCAUCACACAAACUGUGUCCGAAAACACAGACUGAAGUUCUGAGGCCAAAGGUCAUUGAGCAGCAUCAGGAAAGCAGACCAUUUGUACAAGAUGCUACUCUAGCUGGAUUCGAUUGGGGAAGUUACCUUGAGAAGAGCGGUCUCCUUGCUGCCCCCGUUUCUUGCUUCAGACACGUACCACUCUGCGCUCAGUGGGAAGACGUCUAUGUGGGGUUGAAAGUGGAGGUCCUGAACACUCACACAGCCUUGCCCAGUAAGGUGUACUGGAUUGCCACUGUUGUACAGCUUGCAGGCUAUAAAGCUCUUUUACGCUAUGAAGGUUUUGAGGAUGAUGACCGCCAUGACCUGUGGUGCAAUUUAGGCACAGCUGAUGUUCAUCCUAUUGGCUGGUGUGCAGUAAAUAACAAGCCUCUGGUCCCCCCUCAAGAAGUCCACCAGCAAGACUGGAAAUCCUACUUGAUGGAGAGACUAGUUGGAGCACACACAAUUCCUGUUGACUUUCAUGUCAAGAUGGCAGACAGCUUGAGGUGUCCUUUCAGGCAGGGUGUUCGGGUGGAGGUGGUGGAUCGCUCGCAGGUCAGCCGUACCCGUCUAGCAGUGGUAGACACUGUGAUUGGAGGUCGACUCAGGCUGCUGUAUGAAGAUGCCGGUCUGGGACCGUCUGGGGAGGUGCUUUCAGAUUUCUGGUGUCACAUGCAGAGUCCUCUCGUGCACCAUGUAGGCUGGUCUGAGACGGUGGACCACUCCAUCAAAGAAACAGAUACAAAUGUCAACAUGGGAAGCCAUCCAGCAUUUCGAAGAGUUCAUCAAAACAGUGUUCCAGAUCAAUUCAAGAAGUUGAGGACCGUUUACAUGGGAGCCACAUUUUUUAAGGAAGGCAUGAAAAUUGAAGCAAUUGAUCCUCUGAACCUUGGAAACAUCUGUGUUGCAUCAGUUCGUAAGGUGUUGUUGGAUGGAUACAUCAUGGUAGGCAUUGAUGGUGUCGAGAUUGGUGAUGGUUCUGACUGGUUUUGCUAUCAUGCCAGCUCGCAUGCCAUUUUACCUGUCGGAUAUUGCGAGAACAACGACAUACCUCUUACUGUACCUCCUGGUUAUGAUCAAGCCACUUUCACAUGGCCAGUGUAUUUAGAAGAAACUGGAGCUGUAGCUGCUCCCCAAAGACUUUUCAACACGGAUGAUGUAGGCCACGGCUUUACCUCAGGUAUGAAGCUGGAGGCAGUGGACCUCAUGGAGCCCAGGCUGGUGUGUGUGGCCACUGUCAGGCGCUGUGUGGGUCGGCUUCUCCUCCUACAUUUCGAUGGCUGGGAGCCUGAGUUUGAUCAGUGGGUAGACUGUCAGUCCCCUGAAAUUUAUCCUGUGGGCUGGUGUGAAAUCACUGGUUACCAGCUGCAGCCACCCAUUGGUCCAGAACCACCUCAAGGUCAGGAACACUCCCAUGCAAGCAAAAAAGCAAAACCUUUUAAGGGGAAAAGGAAGAGAAGAUUUCUAAGGAAAAAUGCUAAAAUAAACUUGAAAACACAGACCAAUGAGAAUACAGAGAUGAUUCAAUCACAAGAGGCAGCAAACGCGUCUGAUAAACCCUCCACUUUACAAAUAAAGACUGAACCCGAGGAAGAAGUUAUUGCAGUAAGAGUAAAGGUGGAGGAAUUGGAAACCCCCAUAUUAUCUAGCGCACAAUCCAAAGAAAGCCACCAGGGAGCCUUGACAACAUUCAAACGGGAGAAGGAUGAUGAUGAGGAUGAGGAGGAAGAUGAGGAUGAUGACGUUUAAAUCAGCACCUGAUCGUAUAAAUGUUUUAAACAAAUUACUACUAUCUACUAAUAUCGAAGGUGAUAUUAUGAAGCAGAUUAUCCGUUUAACUAAUAUUAACAUUAAACACUCCUAGAUACCGUAAUAAGCUGUUAGUUUACCCCAUUUACUCAGCCUUGUGUCCUUUUUACCUAUUGAGUUCAUCUUUUGAAUACAAAGAUAUCGGAAUCAAUGUUUGUGUGUAAAUAAAAGCAAUGAUGCCUUCUGCGAUGAUUUGGAAUGAACCUCAUUCAAUAUCUCGAUGAUGCAUCAACGGUUUGGGUGAACUUACUUUCAACAGAGGGAUCAAAAUCUGUCAGAUUUCAUUACGAUAUGUUCAUUUGUGAGAAUUGCUUGUGAGUUUAGUGACAAGGGUGAACAACUUGACAGAAAUUCUGUAUGUUCAUUUUCAGGUGAACUAACCUUUUAACUAAAGUUUUUAUACAACACGGGUAAUAUGUAACUAGCCAAACUUUGGUGCAAAAGAAAAUCUAGUUAUUAUCAUGUUGUUUAUUUAUUUUGUACAGCGUGAUUAGUUUUUUUUUUCUUCCUUUCUCCAUAUUGCUCAGUUUUGUAUUAAAAAGUCUGUCAAAGCA